AUGAACAUACGCUCGCAAGGACUAUUAUGGUGCGUCCAGCUGGUGCUCUGUAUCGAGGGCGCCGCAGCAGCAUGCAGCACCUUCACGCGUCAGAUUAAUGUGAGCAUUUGUAAUUGGCAAGAAGUGCGAGCAAAUGUGAUACGCGACACAAUUUAUCUCGAUGGGGGAUAUCUGUGGUAUCAACAGGGAUUCGACGACGGCUGUGUGACCUAUAAUAACGAUGAUGGAUCAUCGGGGCUUUACUACAGUUUUAAUCUCUCGACACCUUUUGAUAACACAUCUAACUUCACCUCGCUCAUCAACAAUGCCACCAAAGGGACCGGCUACGGGAAUCUGUCUCCCAACUACGUCGACGGGGCAAUGCUUGCCAACGACGACGAAUUUUACAUUUACGGAGGGUUCCUAGAAAGCACCACCGGUACCUCAUCGCCCCCUGGAAACCUUGUAAUGUCAUAUGCCGCGUACCAGUCCGGGCCGUAUCGAGAGGAUUUCAGUCCCAGUUGGAGCACGGAGACCCUCCCCGACAAUGUCACCCGGUACAUCACCAACGGUGCGGGGGCGUCAGCUCCUAGUGAGAACAAGGGCUUCUAUUUCAGCGGAAUGCGUGCGUCAGACUGGGGUGACUUUACCUAUUACUACGAUGCGCUAUCCCUCGCCAACACUUUGAUCAGCGUCGAUAUGUCCGAUCUAGGCCAGGGGAAGUGGACUAACAUGACCCUUCCGUCCUUUGUCCCGCCGCGGGCUAAUGCAGAGCUUGUUUGGGUCCCUGUAUCAGAGUCGGGGGUGUUGGUGGCCAUUGGAGGGGUCGUCCAACCCGCACAGUUCUGGAGCGACGUGGGGCUGAACUCAUCACAGAAAGAGCAAAGCCAGCGGAUCAGUCCAACGUUCAUGGAGACAUUGUCCAUCUACGACUUGCAAUCUGGCGAAUGGUACCUUCAAAACACAACCGGGGAUAUUCCACCGCAAUUGACCGAGUUCUGCUCGGUCUUGGCGAGUGCUGAGGAUGGUUCUUCUCAUAACAUUUACAUCUACGGUGGAUACAGCGGUCUCGAUCAGACGGAAAUCCCGUCCGACGACGUGUAUAUCCUGUCCCUUCCGUCGUUCAUAUGGUUCAAAGCAUACAACGGGACUUCAACCCACGGCCGCAGUGGCCAUCGGUGCCUCCAGGUUUACCCGGACCAAAUGUUCGCAGUUGGCGGCUACCGGUCCGGCACGACACAGUGCUUGGAAGAUGGUGUCAUCGUCAACUUUAAUCUCAAUACCUUGGUUUUCGAGAGCCAAUAUGACCCCGCAGUCUACAGUCACUCCUACAAGGUGCCAAAUCUUGUCACGAGAGAAAUAGGGGGAAGUGCCUCUGGUGGUGCGACUAGCACUGGCCCGGAUAAAUGGACCAAUGCGUCUCUCAGUGGUAUUUUGGGGACAAAAUACUCAAAGACCAUUUCGACCUAUUAUCCGUACAACACCAGCAGUACCGAUACCCCGAAGUCCGGGGGAGGCAGCGGUGGAUUUCCCACAUGGGCAGCUGCGGUGAUUGGAGUCCUCGGUGGGCUCCUGGUGAUCGCGCUGCUCGUUGGCUUUUGGUUCCUCCGCCGGCGCCACCUCCGGCGCAAAGGCAAGGUAAUGGAAGAAGCCAAGGAGCUCGAGGCCAAUGAGCCUGAUCGGGAGAACUUGAUGUACGGAGGGGGUCCUACAUCCCCGAGGCCGGGCCCUCAGUCGACCUCAACUGGUGUGGAAACAGGGGCGAAUAUCUCCUCUGGCCCUAACACCUCGACGAUCGAUGAGUCCCUUGGCACCGGUGUGACUCCUUUGUCCGUCGAAUCCGGAGGGGGCGUGGUACAUGAAAUCCCAGAUUCCUCCGCACCGGCUGAGCUUCCUACCGAAUAUAACGAGAAUGUCGCGAAGACUGAUGACUCUGCGCCCGGGAGCCCGUCAAACGAGUUUCCAUCCCCGGUCUCUCCCCCAAUCUCGCCUCAGAACACUACCGGUUCUGACUCUGGGUCCGUCCAAGGCCACUAUCGGAGUACUUCGACGCGAUCAACAGUUCCAUCUCUAUCCAUCGAUAAUGUAGUCACCAGCAGGACCUCACAUUUCCAGGAAUCGUUUGAUGGUCAUAUGCAACGCCCGCGCCAUGACUCGGUGAUCUCAGAGGGAAGUAUGGGCUCGGAGGAACAAGGCCCCUAUAGUGGCAGUGAGACGAUUCAUGAAUAA